UGGUUUUCUAGCGUCUUCCCUCAAACACCUUGCUUCCCACCAGAGAUUGAUUAUUUGCGUAUCUGAGUAAGUUGCCGUCUUCCAACAGAUAUCAGAAUCAGGUUCUCUCUGUAUAGAUCCCUCUAGCGCCUUGCUAAGUAUCGUCCUUGCCGAAGAGUUGGGAUUUAUUCGAUUCUAGGUGUGAAGUCGGCCGCGAAGUGUGAAAUUUACUAUGGCUCAAGUCGGUAAUGAUUGCUACUUCUUCUACUACUCGAGCUGCAAGAAGGGACCCGCUUGUCCAUUCCGACACAGUGCACCUGCACUUGGCAAGGAAGACGUCUGUCAAGAUUGGGCCAAAGGAAGCUGUAUUGUUCCGAAUUGUGCACGUCGCCACAUGGGAAUACAUAAAGACCGUGGCAGCAUGCCAUGCUACUGGGAGUCUCAGCGAGUGGGGUGUACCAAGCCGUUCUGCCCAUUCAAGCAUUUGAAGCCCCGUUCUGAUGCGCCUCUGCAAACUGGCCAAGUUCAACCCACCGCAUCCCAAGGAAAUCCAGUCAAAGGUGGACCAGCGCAGGUGCUUCAACCUGAUUUCAAGUUGCUGAUAACCAUACCGGAUGACAGCAGUGCACAGCGCAGCUCUACCAUCCGGACUAUUGGCAAUUCUAAAGACAGACUGCGACACGCCCGAACACAAGGGGUUUCCUACGACUCAACUGCCGCUGACUCCAGAAUGGAUAUGAGAAGAGCAACUCGUUCAAUGAGCCGAUACCAUUGGGUUCAUGCUCGCGAUCAGCUAAAUCAACAGCGCAGACCUGAAACUGCAAGGCGUGGUCCAGGUCCUUUGUUACCCAUGAAAAGGACAGCAUCUGUUCAGCAAGAAGACCAAACAAAGCCGUUAGCCAAACGACGCAGGCCUGAGGUGGAAGUUAAGGCGGAAACAUUCAAAGUUCAGUUGCUGAAUAAAGUUGGUCAUACAAAUGGUUUCACCAAGAAGCCUCUGUCAAUGCCAUCUUCAUUUGCUCAGAGGCAGACAUCAUCAUCUGCUCAAAGGCAGACAUCAUCAUCUGCUCAAAGCCAGACACUACCAUCGUGCCCUCUUCAGUCCAGUGGGCUGUCCGUCAAGGAGCUAAGAGCCAAACGCUUUUCCAAGCAACAGCAGCUCCAGCAGCAGCGUCAGCAGGACACAGAACAAGAACAGAGAAGAGAACCCUGGGCUAAUGUGCAUGCCAGCACCAAGCCACUGCCUGUGAAAGCAACCCAAAAGCCUGUUGCUGUACCAGCGUCCCCACAACCGUCCACUGCUGCUGGUCUUCGCAUCAAGUCUUUAGAUGAAAUCCUAGCUGAGAAACGCAAGCAUCACGAGACCAUUAGUGACAGCACUGUAUCUGCAGUAGAUACCUGUCAAAGGAGACCGGCCGAUUCAACCAGCAAGGAAUCACCAUCAGUAGUUGUCAGUUCAGCAAGCAAGAAUGUAUGUAGUUCAGUACUGAGUACUGCACCUACCAAGAGUUCCACUCCAGCGACACCACCUGCUAAGAUAACAAGACUCAGCAGUCAUUCUUCUGCUAAGAAGGAAAGCCCAGCCACUACGAAGGUGUCCCAAAGUGAAGGAAGUGAAGUUACUUCCACUGCUGAUACUACUACUAUGAAGUCCGAUGCCAAGUCUGAAUUUGAUUGGCUCGAUGACAUCGACCUGCUUGAUGACGAUGCAUUUGAGAAAGCGAUGAGAGAAUUUGUUGGUGACGUAACCUACGUCGACUUGAAUAAGCCAGACCUUGACGAAACAGUCAACAGCGAAGAUCUACUCCUGGAAGCGGAGCUGAUGAUUUAGACUAAGAGAACUGUUGUGUAUUUCCACAUUACGCAGUGUGCUCACCAUUUGCCAUGCCUACUUCAUGCCUAAUCGCCAUUGGGGAUAUACACCCGGUUUUUUCCCUCUCUACUGCGUCCGUCGGCGCGAGGGUUUUUUCCCGGCUGGCUCGGUCCAGGAAAAUUAACCUGACGGCCCCAAGUGGUUUUGCGUCAUGCCCUAUUUCAGCUAUCUGCUGGCUCACUUAUUUGGGCAUCUUCGCCUAAUGCUUGAUUAUUAUUACUAAUAAUGCUUUGAGCGCUGCUUGAUAUAUCAGCAUAUAAUGCUAAUUUGAAUGCUCGCUUUUCACUUUCUCGCUGGCUGUGUUGUGCAGAAUCAUGUGCCAACCUUUACUACAUGUACAUUGCAUUGUCAUUUCAUUCAGUACAAUGCAAACAUAUAUUAUUA